AAAUUGGGAAGCAGUGACUGUGGCUGAACGCUAACGACGAACUCCCCUCUCGUUCCUUCCGAGAUUUUCAUGUCCAUCCUGCCUUCACAAGUCCAGGGUUCCACUUCAACAUCUUCUUCGUCUUCAGCUUCCUCUCUAAACCCUAAUUCCCACCAUGGAACCGACCCCCUCUUCUCUCAAUCCACUCUCUCUCCCACGCAUUCCUUUCCAUCCCUACGGAUUUCCGAUCCCCAUUCGUCUCUCGGGGAUUCCUGCAACGUAUCAGGCCUGUCGAUUCAACCUGCAGAUGAUGCUGAAUCUUCCAAGAAGGUUAGCGAAUUAGAGAAUCUGAAUGAUUUUAAGAUGCCAGCUCAUCAAAACACUGAAACCCAUUUGCAGAGCCAAUCUGGUGUAGAAGAUGGUGGAUCAGUCCUUCCCGGGAGUAAAAUAUCGUCUUCUAUAAUUUCUUCUCAUGAUCAGCAAAGCGCUAGGUCUGCAAACUCUCAUGGCAACAAUAAACGCUCAGCUGGAAGAAAAGCCCAAAUGACAAAUGGAAACCAUUUGCUUAAUUUUCAAUAUGAUCCCAUUUCUCGUCCUCGUCCUCGAGCCAGAGCUCCUCCUCCAAGAAGGCCGCAUAAGAUAAAGCCAUACAACAAGGAUCUAUUUCUCCAGGCUAAUUACAAAUUUGUGGUUUUAGAUACAGGUUAUCAUACGCCUGAAUAUUUGGAUCCUGAUAAAAUGCUGCGUUGGGAGGAUAUCAUAUGUGUAAGAUAUUCUACACCAUCAUUGGUUCAAUGUCCUAUUUGUCUGGAGCAUCCACACUGUCCUCAAAUUACUUCAUGUGGACAUAUUUAUUGUUUCCCGUGCAUUUUGAGGUACCUGUUAAUGGGCAAGGAGGAUCAGAAAGGUGACUGCUGGAAAAAAUGUCCUUUGUGUUUUGUGAUGCUGUCUCUGAAGGAUUUAUACACCGUCCACAUUGAGCUUUUGAAGCAAUAUUCUGUUGGUGAUACUAUAGAAUUUAUGCUUUUAACUCGGCAAAAAGAUUCAUUUGCCUUAUCAUUCAAGGAUAAACAAGAGGAUGGUAUCAGGUCAAGUGAUAACGAUGAAAUCUAUGAUUCUUUUUCGAAGUUUAUAUUUACAUCUGACGUGGAUCUCUCAGUGCGGCAAGCAAUAUCUGAUUUAGAUGCCUGGUUAGCAAAAGCAGAAACAGGGCAAGUAGAUGACCUCGAAAAGCUUCCAUAUGUUUGUGCUGUUUUGGAACAACUGGAGCAGAGGAAGAAGGAUUGGAAUGAACUUCAGGCCUGUUUUAAGCAGAAUGACUGUCAGAUAAGAUCUCAAACGCUCCUUCCAACUGGUAAUGUUAGCAAUGCUGGUCCUGGAGCAUGCAGUUCUAGACACGAGGCUUCUUCCAUUGAUAUUAAUGAUGAUUGCAAGCUUCUAGGGAAUGUAGUGCAAGAUAAGUUGGAUUAUUCUACUCAUGUGGGUCAGACUGAGGCUGUUGAUGAACUUUUAGAACUCCAACAAAACUCAAAUGAAAUUAGAGAUGCAAAGGACAAGGACUCGUACAAUUUUUACCAGGCUACCGAUGGCCAGCAUAUCAUUCUCCAUCCAUUAAACAUGAAGUGUCUUUUACAAUAUUAUGGGAGUUAUGGCAGGCUGCCACUCAGAAUAAGUGGAAAGGUUUUAGAAUUUGAAACAGUCACCCAAACCGAGGCCACAAGAAGGCGGUAUCGUUAUUUGAGUCAUUUUUCCUUAACAACAUCGUUUCAGCUAUGUGAAAUUGAUUUGACCAACCUGUUGCCUUCGUCUUCCAUGAUUCCCUUCAUGGAUGAGAUAAAGAAGCGUGAGAAGCAGAGGAAACAACUUGCAAAAAAGAUGCAAAGGGAGAAGAUCAAAGCAGAAUCUGCUUCAACGUGUUCUUUGUCAAUGAUGGCCGGUUCAGGAAGUUCAUAUCGUUACGAUACUCCAAACCUUUCCCUGGAUGACUUUGAAGCUUUGGGAAGUUCUCCUGUGACAUCAUCGAGCCCUCCUGUUGGCGGGAGGCAACUGUUCUCGAGUGUUACACGACUUGGUUUCGCCGCCGCCCAUGAUUCUCCAUCCUUGAGAAUUGAAGAAACUGAUUCUCUGCACAUUAAUGAAGUGAAAAGUGAUUCAUCGGGUGCAAAUGAGAUACACAAUGCAACUCCAUCGUUUGCGAAUAUAAUAUCGAGGGCGAAGUCUGGAGGAAGUACAGAAUCUCCUAAGGCAAAUGAAGUGGGAAAGAAGGGGAAGAAACCUAGUCGAGUUUUGUUAUCCACCGCGGGUGGUCGGCGCUAUUGAUCAGUUCAAGGUGAACAUCCUGAUUGUAAUAAAGGUAUUUCCAUUUUUAGAUGUAUAAAACAAUGUUCAUUUGCAGUAUCAGGCUUUUGAUUAAAAAACUUAGGAUUGCUUUUGUGGUAGUUUGUGUUUUAGAAGAUUAGCUCUGUACAGAAGGCUAAAUAAAAUGGUUUGCUAUUAUUAAUCUAUCCUUUCUUUUCCUCCGGCAA